AAUGGUUCUCUAAUAAAAACCGAAAUAUUGCUCAAACUGUCUAAUUCUAUUCUAUAUUGAGUAUAUCUACUAGGAAUAUAAAUAUAUUUGGUAUUACAUUCAUUUUGUUAUGUGGUAGUUUCUUAUGACAUAACAGAUACAAAGUAUUUUUUUUCUCUGAGGGUGUAUAUAAACUAAAGUUAAAACCCUAUUAUGCUUAAAGCGAUUUGAACCACGUAGUAACAAAAAUUAUUUAAUUCUUAACCCGCGAAAAUUUCCUUACACCCUCAAGGUAUAGUUAGACCCUUGUUUGCUAAAGUACCACUGAGGACCAAAAACCAAAUUGAAUUAUUUUCGCGGGCUAAACUUAAAAGCAAUCAGCGAGAUGAUSGAUCGAUUGGUAAAAAUACCAAUUGUGUUAUAAGCAGAUUUUAUUCGUACUGUUGUGUUUUGUUGACACUCGGCUGUUACCUACUAAAAGAUGUUUUCUCAACGGGCUAACGAAAGCCAACCCAAUCAAUUAUGCGUUUUCGCGGAUACAUCUAUAUGACAGAUAUAUCGUCCGCUGCAAACCUAUACAUAUUUAAGGCACCAUAGCUGCUAUGAGUUCAGUUUUCAGUCGAUAACCCCUGUACUUCGAAUAUGCAGUGUAUUAUUCUGGGACACCUUUAAUGCGACCGAAACUUUCAUAUUAAUCCGAACAGUAUGAUGUUAAUUGAUAUGAAUUUGUAUUUUUUAUGGACUUUCUAUUACGAAAUAUGAAUUAGGGUUUGAGGACCUUUAUGUCACUCACAUAUGUCAGUAUAUUAYUGGCAGUCCCAACAGGUGCAAGAAGAUCUUUGUUGAUAAAAGAGAGUAUUUUGAGUGCGUGGAAUCACGAAUAUUUGACGACUUGUUGUUGUUUGGAACAUGAUUAUGWGAUAUUACUCCCCCUGAUGGUGAUUAUAAACGUGAUUCACUUAUCUGGGCCAAGAAGUGGAAAUGAAUUCUAGUGUAUCUCAAGACUUCAAAGCAUUUUAAGAUAUCAGUUUAGCUCUCUUAUGUCUGAUUUAAGCUCUUUGGAAUUAUGGUUUUAAACUAGCCAAUAGCAAGCCUUGCCUGCCAGCAUAUAUACUAAUACCGUUAGGCCAAUCAAUGUAGUAUUCCACCUCCAUCGUCUGCGCUUGUUGACCAYCAGAGRMCGAAUCAUGAGCGCCAACAGUUCAAACUACAGUUUUUGUCUCKURGGCACUGUGGAYUCGAAGUGGGAAAAUGUUGUUAUGGUAUUCGUCUCCUCGGUUAUAGGACUGUUAGCUCUUACAGGGAACACUCUKAUACUCUUCGUUUUCAAGACGAGCCGAAGGAUGAAAAACACCACGGAUAUUUUGAUUGCUAACCUAGCUAUCGCUGACAUUCUCUUCACUGUCAUUGCGAUUCCUAAACACAUCAUUGGUUUCCAGAUAGGACAAGAAAGAUGGUUGUUUAGCGGUACUUAUGCUGUUGUUAUGUGCAAGUGCACAGCGUUCCUUCAAGAUCUAGCGGUUGUAGUGUCUGUAUUGACAAUCAUGCUCAUCACGAUUGACAGAUUUAUCGCUAUAUCUCAGCCAUUCCGUGGCUACACWCUACAGCAUAGAACAUGUGCCAUUCUAGUGAGUCUGACAUGGGUCAUUGGUGUGUGCGUUCAUGGGGUGUAUAUCGAGAAAUUUUCGCUAAGUCACGACRAMGGACCCUACCCAGAAUGUACAAUCACUGACUGGGACCAGCACACAAAACAUAUGUACUUCAUAGCACUGUCCCUGUGUCUUGCAAUCGGCCCUAUGUGCUUCAUAAGUGUUGUGUAUACCAUAAUUUUCUUCAGCUUACGGCGUCAGCAGCGAAGGAUCGGAAUCUCUUUGUCGGAUCCCCAAAACGUUCAGAGAUCUUUGMGMCARCGGAAGAUCCUCUAUCUUUCCUUCGCUAUCGUGCUAUCAUUCGUUGUUUGUUGGGCGCCUUUGAAUUUGUUUACUUUUAUGGCCAUGUUCCAACUAGGAUCGAUAAGUGAAUGUACUUUUCUGUUUGAAAUUGGGAUGUUCGCGGCUCAUGCGAGUGCGGCGGUGAAUCCCAUCAUCACAUUCAUGUUUAGCUCCAAAUUCCGCAGCGCAUUAAGAGAGAUUUUACGACGCUGGAAACGAAAACAACAGGCUUUGAAGUCAACGAACACAACGAAUAUAGAACUACAAAUACUGAACUAAUUUGCGUUCAAAAGGGGGCUAAUAAAGAGACUAUUAUUAUUACUAUAUACAUGCAUUUUGGAAUCGAGAUCCUUGUGGGGAAUUUUCUGUUCUAUUCGUGAGACGUCAUUCAGUUAGUCUCUUUAGAACACUAACGAAAAGCAGAAAACAACUGAAACAAUACGUUAUAUUGUUGUUAGUCAAACAAGUCAAAACCAAUUCAAGAAGCUGACGUUUUUCUCCAUUGUAUAGCACUGGAUUACUUAGCCAAACGGCUGAUAUUUAGAUAAGGAGAUGUUUCUAUUCUCCUGGACUAGUGCGUCAUGCGCAUAAAGAUAUCAUCGAUCUUUUUUCUCAGUCAAAAAACAAAUAAAACAAAACUAACAUCAACCAAGACAACAAAACUGAUGUCCGUUUCUUUUAAUGGCGGCAGUCUAUCGAAGAAGCCGCGUUCCGCUCUGUUUGUUUGACAAGUACUGGAUUACUGAACCAAGACUGUAGUGUCGGAAUAAUGAAGUUUGUCACUUCUGUCGAUGUUUUUUUCUCGCAUUACUGAAGGAACUAGCUUAAAUCAGUAUUCAACUUCCAUUUCACUGCAGCUACUCUCUACACGAGUCUAUGAUGAUGAUUAUAAUAGCAGAAUAAAUCCGGGAUAUAUGAAGAUACUUUGAUUAAGAUGAUAAUGAUGAUGAUGAUGAUGAUGAUGAUGAUGAUGAUGAUGGUGGUGGUGUACUAUAACAGAUUUAUAUGUUCUGAUUAUAAAGUAAUCAUGACAUUAGAUAUAAGUUUUUUUUUUAAGAAAGUGCAGGUCGCUCAAAACAAUGUCAAUAAUAAAACCCAGUAGUACGUGCAACAAAGAUUUUAUGUAUAAUAUGUAUUCUAAAUAAGGUGUGCAACGUCAUCAGGGGGUGUAGUUCACGCCAUUUGCACCUUGAUAUUAUCUUUCCUAGGACAAACGCUAUUAGCAAUAUUUUUGAUUCUUGAGCUAUGAAUGUUUGUGUGCUAUGGACGUAAUCUUGUCUAUAGGUUGGAAUUAAAUGUAUUGCUCUAUAGCUUAAAACGGUCCAAAUCUUAAAAUAUUGAGGCUUUGUUUGUACAAGAGAAAAUCGAACAGUUAAGCUGGCUAGCUCGCUUUCCAAGCAGCACUUCUAUUCCCGCAAUUCCAUCGCACUAUUACUUGAAAUACAAAGAAACAAAAGAGAUUAGCACUGAAUAAGUGAUUAGUAUACUAAUGUGAAAAUGUUCAUGAAAAAAACUUGUUAAUAUGCUGUAAUUUAAAAUUAAAGUUACCGUUUCCAUAAAUUUUGGUGUUAUUUUCCCUGAUUUUGUAUGAAAUCUCUUGAAAUUUCAUAUUAAGUUUAUAUUUGAAAGCGGGCUAGCCCUUUGUGAAUAAUAUAACUGUAUAACCAAGACAUAUAUGAUUGUAAAGUAGCAAAAUUUCAUUUGAUUUGCUGAUUGUAAACUCAUUAUGUGAACUGCUAAGUCAAGUUUGAGUCUAGCAUGAUUUCACGGCCUUGCGGUGCUGGUGGAUUCGUCGCUAAACUCGUAUUUCUCUAUCGCACAUAAUAAUUAAUUAUCUUAAUUAAAUGGAAUUAAAAAAGCCCUGAUAAAUGUUGUAAA